UGAAGAGGAGGUCUGGAUGGAUCCCAGCCUCAGCUUCCACGUCUCUGACCCGUCCUUCCAGCCCCCCGACGACCUGAGCCUUCAAGAGUUUGAAGAGAACGUGGUUCUGGGUAAAGAUGAUGCUGAAUAUCAGGAACAAUCGUCUAAAGCUCCCCUGGUUAACGAAGAACUCCCUGAGCCUCUGGUUACCGAUGAGAUCAGAGAACAACUGAGCAACAUUUUGGAGUCCUGUCUAACCAGGGAUUUUUUGAGCAGCGACCUUUACCUGAAGUCUCAGAUGGAUAACGACCACUACAUCCCCAUCUCCAUUCUGGCCACCCUGGAUAGGAUCAAGAACGUCACCACUGACCUGGAGCUGAUCUGUGAUAUCCUCAAAUCCAUUCCUCUGGCAGAGGUGGCUCCCUGUGGGCAGAAGGUUCGGCCCAGACAGAACCGCUGCAUUGUGAUCCUGCGUGAGAUUCCUGACACCACACCUCCAGAGGAGGUGGAGGCUCUGUUUGAAGGCGAAGACGUGCCAAAGGUUCUGAGCUGUGAGGCCGUGAAUAACAACUGGUUCCUCACAUUUAAAUCAGAAGCUGAUGCUGAACAGGCCUACAGGUACCUCAGAGAGGAAGUCUGCGUCUUCCAGGGGAAGCCCAUCAUGGCCAGGAUAAAGACCAAAACCAUACCCAUCGCCUCCCACGUUCCUAAAAACGUAUCAAUGCCCGUUCGGCUGGAGCCGUGCAGCAAACAUUACUGGUCCUACUUUCCACCGACAAUGUUCGACCCAUCCUGCCUUCAGCAGGCCUCCACACAGACUACGCUUGAGCCAACCCACCAGGAGUGGACCGGCGCUACAGAUGGAUACCAGGAGAUCACUGAGUUAGCGAUGGAUGGAUUUCCAGACCCUCCUACAUGCAGAAUGCAAACAGAACAAAAGCAGAGGAGAGGCUCCAGGUGUCUGAAAGAUGGACAUGGUGAGGAUUCACAACCCUCAGAGCAGCCGUCUGAAGGUUACGAUCCCUCUCCCUUCCAGAAGAAGGGACAUGGUUGGCAGAGAGGGAGGCUGCGUCAACAGAACCAGGGGAGGCGAUCAGAACCCAACAAACAGGUUCUAACGACUUUUUCUGACCAGGGAAGUUACAGGAGGAGAGGAACCUUCAGCCAGAGGAGGAGAGAGAUGCCAAAGUCCUGGGAAAGAACCAAACAAGCCUCUGAGCCGUCUCCUCCUCACGAGGCACCUCCUCUUCCUCCUGAGCUCAACCUGUCCAGCUUCCCUCUUCUUUCUACUACAAACGUUGCCACGGCUGCCCUAUUAAAGCCACUCCUGCCUGAGACAACUUCCAUGGGUCCGAUCACCUCAUCAUCAUCAUCACCACUUCCUCCUCCUUCAGUGUCUGAGGAGGGCGAUUCAAAGAUGACCUUCAAGGAGGAACCAGUUCAGCUCCCAGCAGAACCGGCAACGAAGCUGAAGAAACCCAGCUAUGCUGAGAUCUGCAAGAAUGCUGCGACCAAUUAUGCAGUGCCGCCUGCUGACUCCGCCCCCCAAGCAGAGAACCAGCUGUCUGAGCACCCUCUGUCUCUGAUGGAUUGAGAACAAAAAAAUGUGAGGGCAGCCGCUGUUUGGAACUUGAGAUUUGAGCUAAGCGCUCUGAAAACUGCUGAGAUGAAAUUGAUUCCAUUUUAAACAGUUCAAAUUUUAACUUUCCUCUGAAGUUUUUUCCAUUUUUUUUUCUCUUGUUUGGUUGUUGUUGUAAAUAAGCCAGAUGUUAUUUAUGGUUUAUUGUGAUGGUUUUCUGUUUUUGGAUGCCGGACCUCUGGUUCUGACAGAAUUUGUGUUUUUCAUUCUGAGUUGUUCUGUAGAUCCACUGUGUGCACAGACCAAUCAGACCCUUUCCAUGUUCAGAGGCUCCUUAAUGAAUAAACGCAACUGUAAAGCCUCAGCGUACUGUACUUAUAUAUAGUGCAUUUACAGGUCAGAGGACUUGACCAAAGUGCUCUACACUACAUUCACUCACACACUGAUGGUGGCGAGCUACAUUAUACGUAGCCACAGCUGCCCUGGGGCUCACUGACAGAAGCAUGGCUGCCAUACGCUGUUGCCACCAGGCCCUCUGACCACCAUCAUGAUGAAGGAGUUUUCUCUUCACUUGCAAUGUGGGUUAAGCGUCUUUCCCAAUGACAUGACAUUGAAAGCCGGAGCCAGGGCUUUAACCGACAACCCUCUGGUUAGUGGGCAAACUCCCACACCCC